AUGGCUGCAGUCUCAACACGAUUUGACCCUCUGCCACUUACACCGUGUCAGUCAUCUCAUCAAGCCUUCACUUCCUACACCGACUUUGAAGAGCCCGAGGCGUACUCUUUGGAUGAUUUCGUACGGGACGUGAAAGCCCAUCUGGGUGAGGAGGGCGGUAUUGGCUGCGAUGACAUCGACGAGGACUAUCUUAUCUCCCUGGCGAAAAAGUACACAUCGAACCCCAACGACUGGGCACGCUAUUAUCACAACUGUCCAGAAAAGAACUACACACGCAAUGCGAUUGUCAACAUCAAUCACAAAGCCAAUAUUCUCUUAUUAGUCUGGAACCCAGGAAAAGGUUCACCCAUUCACGAUCACGCCAAUGCCCACUGUAUCCUCAAAGUGCUGGCAGGCGAGUUGACAGAAACCAUCUAUAACAUGCCUGAGAAGGGUUGCGAAGACUGCCCUCUGUCAAUCAAGAGUGCCAAUACCCACCAAGCCGACCAAGUCACAUAUAUCUCAGACGACAUUGGUCUUCACCGAGUGCAUAACCCUCACCCUACCCAAGUGGCCGUCUCUUUGCACAUAUACACUCCGCCAAAUGCUGCUGAUAUCGGUUAUAAUAUCUUCGACGAGUCAACGGGUCGUGCAAGCUUCAUGGCAAAAGCCGAAGCUCGCUAAUUAAUAUUUGGAAGAGUUUGAGAUAGUCCUUACAUACAUUGAUACCCUGCCAUAAAAGAUACAAAG